AUGAGAAAAAAUAGACAAGCAGCCCUUGCCCAGCUCAAAGAAGCAAAGCACGGACAAAAGAAAAGAACGGAACAAUAUGAAGUCCAGGAAGAAGCCGAUAUCCUUGUAAACGUAACAGAAGAAGAGUACCAAGAAAUGAAGAAAAAGCAAGGAAACAGCAAAUUCAUAACUAAUGAUUUUGGCAUAGGCUAUGAUGAUCAUGGAGAACUUGAUUACCAAGAUGAAGAAGAAGACCCAUAUGAAGAGGAAGAGGAAAACCUCAAAAAACCAAAAAUUGAAAGCAAAUCAAUUACGACUUUUAUGAAGCCCGGAGUAAGUAUGAAACCAAAAGGACCGAAAAAGGCAGAAAGUGUUGAAGCUUCUAAGAUUAUGGACGAUCUUUUAGGGAUGAUGGAUGAUGAUACCUUAUUAAAUUAAGUAUAACGCCUAUAUGCACGUCUCCUUUUCUGAAUUCCAAUGCGACAACUUCAAGCUUUCUAAGACGACUGUCUUUCUGGCUCUCGGAGAAAACAAACCUGCGACUGACAGGCAUGCUAAAGGGCACAGUCUCUGCCUGAGUUAGUGGCACAUUCAUAUAAAAUUUUAUAUCUCCUAGAAUAGCUGUCUUGCUGCGUAUUGCUAGAAUUUAAAGUUCCAUCAUUACCAGGAUAAAUUACUAUCAUUAUAAAAAAAAGAGAAAAAUGUCGGCUGACCAGAAAAUUUUGUUAUCGCCAUAUUUUGAUUGGAUUAUGAUUCAAUUAACCCUGAAGAAGUCUUGUCAAUGGGAAAUGCAGUUCAAAAGCCUAAAACUUUUGCAGUCAAUAAAGGUACUACACAGACUCACGCUAUGGAAGAAGCUUUAAGGCAAAGAUAUAACAAACCAACAGUAGCUAAAAAGCCAGCUAACGAAAGCAGACCAUUAGAAGAAGUCAAAAAAUCACUUUCUGAAAUAAUAAAAAACGAAGAAAACAAUAAAGAAGAGGAAGAGAAGUUUGAGAUGAGAAAGAGAAAAAGAGCAGGCGAUAUUCUCCCUGCAAAAAUUACGACUCCUAAAAAAGUUGAUGAAGUUUAUGUCCAUCCUGAAGAGCCUACUUUUGAAAUGGAAGAAGUUCAUAACGUGCCUGAGCCAAUUACAAUUACAGCGCCUAUUGAAGAGACAAAAAUGGAAAUAGAGCCAGUAGUCGAAUCAAAAGUAGAAAUGGCUUUAGAAGAAAACGGCAACACUAACAUUGAGUUUCAAGCUCUUGAAACUGAACUGCCAUUUGAAUCAAACUCAGCCAAAUAUCUCCCUAUUGAAAAUGGAAAUCUCCACGUUUACUGGUAUGACGCAAUUGAAGAUAAAGAACUAUUGCCUGGAAGUGUCUUCAUUUUUGGAAAAGUCUCCAAUAUAGAGACCAAGCGGUUUGAAAGCAUCUGUGUUAUCGUACAAGAGAUGCAGAGGAAUCUCUUUGUCCUACCAAGAGAAGAAUACAAAGAUCAGCCUGGAGAAGUUUAUCAAGAGCUUGAAGAAAUCCGUAAGAAAUGCGGGAUCAAUAAAUGAAUGUGCAAGCCAAUUGAGAGGAAAUAUGCAUUUGAGUUCCCAGAUGUCCCGCCUAAAAGCAGCUAUAUGAAAGUCCAAUACAGUUCAAAAUUGCCACCACUUAACGAAAAAUAUUUUAAAGGAAAAACGUUUUCCCACAUUUUUGGGGCUGGGUCAAGCUUAAUUGAACUUUUAUUAGUAAAGCGUAAACUUAGAGGACCUUGCUGGAUGAAGCUAAAAGAUGUGCAGAUCGCUAAAAAUAAAUGCUCCCACUGCAAGCAUGAAAUUGUGAUUGCGGGUCCUAAACAAAUAGAGUUUACAGCUGAUGAGGCAAAUUUGAUUCCUCCGCCUUUAACUGUCCUUUCGCUAGCUUUAAAAAGUGUAAGAAAUUCAAAAGGUCUUGAAAUUUGUGCAAUUUCUGGUGUCGCUCAUUCACAAAUUGAUCAAGUUCAGCCUACUCCUUAUAAUCUUAAUACAGUGAAUGCUUUUUCUAUAGUCAAAAAAGUCGGUCCAGCUGUGGCUUCUAAAAAUCCAACAAUUGAGGUGGUUGAGUCAGAAAAAGUGCUCCUUAAUAGCUUUCUAGCCAAAAUGAUUCGGAUUGAUGCAGAUGUAAUUGUUGCUCAUGAGCUCCUAGGGAACUUUUUAGAUAUUUUGAUAAGCAGACUUCAAGCUUUGAAAGUCUCAAAUUGGUCUCGCAUGGGCAGAUUGUCAAGAAAUAGGUAUUCAAGCCAAAAAAAAGAUGAUGCAUUUGGAGGAAAUUGGCUAUACAGAUCAACGACAUCAGGAAGAUUAUUAUGUGAUACCUUUUUAUCUACAAAAGAACUUUCAAAACAAACCACUUAUACUUUAACUCAUCUUGUUAAACAGAUACUUAAAAAAGAUAGGCAAGAAAUAAUUGAUGUUGAAAAUUUAUUAAAUUCAGUUCAAGGAGUUGAAAGAUUAGCUAAACAUACACAACAAGACGCGUAUUUUAAUUUUGAGAUUACAAUGCAUUUAUCAGUAAUUCCACUUACCAAACAGCUGACUAAUAUAGCAGGGAACUUAUGGUAUCGGUCUUUUCUAAAUCAAAGAGCUGAACGUAAUGAAAUGCUACUUAUACAUGAAUUCCACAAAAAUAAAUUUGUAUGGCCUGAUAAGGAUAGAAUUAAAAUGUGGCGUCUCAGCCUGGCCAUGGACAGAGCACAUAUUUUAAUUAUGUCAGAAAAGUUUUGCCAGCCAGAAAUGGACAGCUAUUCUAGGUAUACAAAUUGCCCGAGGAUGGCGCAAAAUAGCGCCAUCCUCGGGCAAUUUUUAUAACUAAUCCUAGUAUGUUUAGGGCCUAGCCUUAGUCCACUUUUAGGAGCUAGAUUUUACCUCGAGGGAAAGUGGGACUUGGAGUUGGAAAGGGGAAGCCCAGAGACCUCUAGGCUUUUAGGGAAACUCCCUAGCGUUGAAGCCAGGAGUUACGACCUUGGCUAAAAGUUUUCCCUUCUACCGACAGUUGACUAGAAAUUCCCAUUUUUUUGAAUUUUUGAGCAGGCUACCUCGUCUGGCGUACGGCACGGUGACCCAGCCUACUUCACUCUCCGCAAGCCUCAGGCGUAUAAUUAGCCACUGGUGGUUAGGUGGAAGAUAGCUUAAAAAAGCAAGGUGAGAUGCGCACCCGCAGUGUGCUACCAGAAACUUCUCUAAAAUAGCUUAAGGUUAAGAUAAGGCCCGACAAGGCUAUCAAAAAAACUGAAGAAGUUGGAAAGAAAAAUAAAAAAAAGUAUUUAGGAGGUCUCGUUCUUGAGCCUAAGUCAGGUCUCUAUGAUAAAUUCAUAUUGCUUUUAGAUUUCAAUUCACUAUAUCCUUCUCUGAUUCAAGAAUAUAAUAUUUGUUUUACUACAGUAACAAGAAAUAAAGGAGUAGAAGAUGAUAAUGAGCCAGGUGGCCUUCCAUCAGAAAAAGAAACAAGAGGGAUUUUGCCUGACAUUAUCCGUGAUCUUGUUGCAAGAAGAAAAGCCACAAGAAGUUUAAUGAAGAAUGAAACUGAUAAAAUUAAGCUAGAGCAGCUUGAAAUUAAACAAAAAGCUUUAAAGCUAACAGCAAACUCUAUGUAUGGCUGUCUUGGUUUCACACAGUCAAGAUUUUAUGCUAACUCCCCCACAUCCUUGAUCGAACGAUUGACUGUAAAAAUUCCUAAAAAUUGGGAAAAUUAACCCCAUCCUUGAUCUAACUAUUUUCAUAUCAUGCAAAUUUUUAUAUAAAUGCUAAUAUAUUAGUUAUCAAAAGCUUGGGAAGAUGUGCCUAAUGAAGUUGUUGUCAGAGGCUUUGAGAUGACAGUAAGCUACGGAAUCAACCAUCCGAAAUGCUUUAGUCAUCAACCUGGGCUUAAAAGCACAAUAAUCUAAAAAUAGAGAUUCUUUAAAAUUUAAAUUUUUAAUUCAAUAAGGAACUAAAAUUUAUACAGUUUAAAGGAGUAACCUAAAAUUAUCAAAAUAUUAAAAAAUGGUAUUCUUAUGAAAUUAAUUCAAUUUUUUGCUGUAAAAAUAAUUAUUAAAUACUCUUAACCCUCUUAUUUAUAUGUAUAUAUAGCAAAAAACAUAUAUUUUUUAUUUUAAAUAUAAAAUUUUUUUUCCCAAAAAAAAUUUUUUUAACCCCCAUCUUUGAUCGAGCCGUUCUAUCAAGGAUGGGGCGAGGAUUAAGCCAAUAGCUGCUUUAAUUACGAUGAUGGGUCGUCAAACCUUAGAAAAUGCUGUAAAAAUCGCAAAGGAUAAGCUAGGGCUUGACGUCAUUUAUGGAGACACUGAUUCUAUUAUGAUAAACACAAACCUCUCUGAUAUGAACAAAAGUCUUGAAAUUGGAAAUACAUUGAAAAAAAUAAUCAAUAAGCAAUUUAAAUGUUUGGAAAUUGAAAUUGAUGGGCUCUUCAAAUGCAUGCUAUUACUUAAUUCUCCCUUUUGUUAGAGAGGAGGUCCCUUGGAAAUCCUAUUCCCUUUGAUAAUAAAUAAACUUUUAUACAGAAAACCUUUUUUAUAUUUAUAUAAUGAUAGGGAAACGGCUAAGUAUUCAUUAUAAAUGGUUAUAAUUUUUUACAUAUAUAAAAAAUAAUAUAAAAAUUUUAAUUGCAAAAUAAUCCCUUUUAUCACUCACUUGAGUAAGAAGAAAAAAUAUGCAUGCAUGAAGCUUGUUGGUAACGAAUUUGUAAGAGAAGUAAAAGGGCUUGAUAUGGUAAGAAGAGAUUGGUGUCCGAUAUCUAAAUUUGUGUCAAGUGGGGCUCUUGAUAUUUUACUCUCUGGACAAAAUAGCGAAGAUAUUGUAGCAAAUUUGAGGGAGUUUGUUGAGGGGGUUUAUAGCAAACUACAAAAAGAAGAGUAUCCAUUAUCUGAAUAUACUGUUUUAUAUGAUAAACAUGUUAAUAAUAUUGAGCAAAUAGAAUAAAGCUAAAUAGAGAAAUUAUUUCUAGUCGCUGUAAUAGGUAUACAUCAUAACUAAACAAUUAACAAAAGCGCCUGAAAAAUAUAAGGAUGGAAAAUCACAGCCUCAUGUACAAGUUGCCUUAAAAUUAAAAGAGCGAGGUGAGAGAAAUCUAGAAGGGCAGUUUAUUCCAUAUGUAAUUUGCCAAGAAGAAGCUACAUUCAAUAAUGGCGUGGUGAGGAAUCUUCUCUUAGCGCCGAGAGUCUGGGGACUUUACAGAAGGGAUAGCGGUGAGGAUCCUCGGAACUCGAUAUCGGGUUAGCCAAGCAUAGGAUCACAUCCAGGGUAAAGCUUUGCCUCAAGGGACGAUGGAACUUGAAAGUUGGAAAUGGAUAGUCCAGCAAGGUCAGAUGGAUUUCGCUUGGAAUUCGGGCAAUUUUCCAGUGCAAUACCAAGAGCUGGACCCUAGGCUACAAGUUUUAUUCAGCCGAAAGCGAACAUGAAAAUUCAUUUUUUAAUUUUAGGAAAGGGCAACCCCAUUGAUGUACGGCACGGCAUCCCAGCAUCUUUACCUCUGAGUCAUGAGUGCAAACCCUUAGAGGGAGCAACAAAUACCUUCAGUCCGUAAUCAUACAGGCAAGCAAGAGGGUGGAGCAAAGCCAGGAACAUGAAAAGCCGACAUGGCUGGCCAGAAUCUACUCUAUAAUAAUCUAAGUUUAAGCCAAGAAGAAGCUACAUCUUAUGCAGAAAGAGCUAAACACCCUGAUGAUUUUAUCAGUUCAGCUGGAGCAUUAAAAAUAGACUUUACAUGGUACAUAACCCAGCAGAUUCUUCCACCAUUGCAUCGUUUGUGUAGCGUAAUAGAUUCAGUGACUUCUGGUGAAAUUGCCACUUGGAUGGGUCAAGAUCCAAGUAAAUAUAAUACCUCCAGUACUGAAACGACUCAUUCAUAUGUAAAUUUAAGAGGAGCAGAUAAACUCACUAUAAUUUGUUAUGGGUGCGCUAAUAGGUAUGAAGCUACUGAAAACUCAUUCGGAUGCAAAACUUGCACAAAAAGCGGACAAAUAAAUCAGGUUAAAAACUCAGUAACAAGAAUGAUGAGAGAAAAAAUGAUGAAAUAUUACACAGCUGAACGAAAAUGCAAUGAACAGACAUGUGGAUGGAAAACCAAACAAAUUGAAACAAACUGCAAAAUUAAGGCAUGCAAAGGAAUAAUGAUCUCAGACUACUCAGUUGUGCAACUUCAUGAACAAUUGUAUUAUUUACUAGAUUUAUUUACAAAAGGGUGCAAAAUAGAUCAAAAGAGCUAUCAAGAAAUUGCUAUGAAACUAGAAAAUGUAUUGAGAAGGAGUGGGUAUCAAAGAAUUGAGCUUAAAAACUUUGUAUGCUCGAAGCCAAACUUAGCAAGCAUAAUUGAUAUUUAA